AACAUUAACGAAUUAGAAGAAUAUAUAGAAGUAAUAUUCGAGCAUUAAAUAAACUGCGAAAAAUAAGGCAAAUACAUAGAAGCAGAACAAGCAAGGAACAAAGUAAAACAAUUAAAACUAGAUUUAGAAAAAAGAAGAAAAGAGGAAAUAAAAAAUAAACACAUAAAUGAAAAAUUAGGAAUCGAAAAAGCUCAUUUAGAAGAAUUUAAUCAAUUUAAUGCAUUUUGGGAUUAAAAAAUGAAUGAAUUUAAUGAAGAAGCAAGUAAAAUCGAAUAAGAACUUAUUUAGCGUUAAUAAUAGGAAUAUAUUUAAGUAUAAGAAGAACUUUAAAAGGUAGUACCUUAUAAACCAAAGUAAUCAGCUGAAGCUUUAAAUCUAAUGAAAAUAGAAGAAAAUUUAGCCAAAUAAAAAAACUAUGUUGAAGCGCAUUAAGUAUAAGAAAAAAGAAAUUAUUUAGAAAAAUAAGAAAAUUAAUAAUGGCUUUAAGUUAGAGAUUAGAAAAUUAAAAAUCAGUUAAAUUAGUUAAAAAAUAAAUAAUAAAAUGAAUUAAAUGCUUUAAAAUAAAGAAUUAUAGCAGGUUAAGAUGAAUAAAGAAAAAAUAGAUCAAUUGAACUUGAAAGAUUACUUUAAAAAUAUUAAAAUGUUAAAAAAGAACUUGAAAUUUAAUAGUAGAUGGAGGCUAAUUAAUUUAUAAAAUAACAAAAAAAUAAAAACUCGAAUAAUAAUAGUAAAGUUAAUGGUUCUCGUUCUAUGAAAAUCUAAUGA